AUGGCUUCAAUGACAAAUUCAAAUCCUUUACUUGAAUAUUUGGAAGAUGGAAAAGUCUAUGAUUUAGAAUUUGGUGAUACAUGGAAUUCAAUUAAUGAUGGAAAUCCAUCGAAAUAUGCUUAUCAUACAAUUAAAUAUGAUUUUAAACCAGCAUCUGUUGCUAAAUCUGAACAAGCUGAAUUAAGUGUCGGUCCAAACCAAGAUGUUUCAAUUACAUUACCAAAUGUUGAAGGUUCAUUAACUCCAUCAACAAAAUUUUCUGGUAAUACAAAAUCAUAUACGCCAAAAGAAUGUUUAAUGAUAAUUGAUCCUCAUACUGGAAAAAUAGUACUUGAACGCUUAUCAGCAAAUGUUCGCGUCAAGAAUGUUCGAGUGGAAAAUCGUCCCGUAAAUCAACCGAUAAAACCUGCAGUUGCACGUGCAAAUGUAACUGAAUCUCAGCCAGAUAAAAAAUCAACUAAAACAACAACAACAGCAGCAGUAGCAACAACAACAACAGCAACAGCAGCAGCAGUACCAACAACAACAAAUAAAUCAACAACACAAAAAGUAACAAAUCCUAGUAAACCAAUAGUUACUGCACCCGUUAAACCAAUGCCAAAUAGAUCAGUAUUGUCACCUGCUGAUGAUCGACUUAGUGAUGAAGAAUCUUCACCAGAUCUAUUUGAACAUGUUCCAAUAUAUCCAUCGAAUCCAGCACCAGUACAAACACAUGUAAUGCCUAGACAUUUAUCACCAAAUACACUUGAACAAGAUCUUCAACUUAGUGAUACAACGGAUGAAGAAGAUUAA